AUGGCGACUAUCGCACCUCCCCCCGCAGCUCCUACACUGGCAGACCUGCCUCUCGAACAUCUCAGUCUCUAUCACGUCGUCGAUCCAUGUUUAUCAUCCAUCCUCGUCUUUUAUGGUGCCGUUUCCACCGCCAAUGCCACUGUGAGCAGUUCCCGUAUCCAGGCCCAUAUAUUUACACCCGCCGGGUUUCAAAGUUACCCUCGAAUCACUGUGUCCCCGGCUGCCCCCGUGUAUGCUGCGGUCAACCACUUACCCCGCGAAAAACAAGGAGAUGAAGUGUGUCGCGGACUUGCAGUCAGCAUGCUGAGGUAUUUUGCCGAACUUUCUGAACCGGUCAAGCACCGUCUGACUGGGGUGGCUCGCGCUGGAAGACCGGGGGGAAAGGCGCCCAAGAUGUUCGAUGAGAUGCAUGCUGCAGACCUGGCCAACCGGAUGACAAAGGUGGACGACUCAUUGGAGAUCAUUCAGGAUAUUCGGAGCGCAUAUCAAGAACGUAAGGUGCCAUGGAUUGACAUCGAUGUGGUACUUCCUACGGGUACUAUCCAGCCAUCCCACCGGCGAGAAAGUGGCGGAUCAGAGCUUGGGGAGAGUCAGAAUCCUCAGUACGGUCCAUACACACCCUUGAUAGAGGCGUUGGGAGAUCCUAUGUUUUUGCCAACAUCUCGACUGAAGCGUGCGCCGUCUCAGCCGACCAAUGUCAGCAAAUCGCGGCUGUUCGCAAGGAACCAGAAAGAGGCCCUCCGUCUCACCAUGUGUGAGCUUGUGGACACCGAAGAGAGAUAUGUCGCGAAACUGUAUUCUCUUGUCCAUGAAGUGGCCGACGAAUUUCGGCAAAAGGCUGUGGACAGAGGGCCAUCCAGUAAAAGCCCCGACGAGGCAGCUUUGGCGGCAUUAUUUCCACCAUGUUUGAAUGAAAUUCUAGAAGUCAACCUGGGAUUUCUCGAUGUCAUUCGACAAGUGCUUGAUGAAACCGAGAAAGAUGCGAUCACAGAUAUUGGUCAGGACACGGAGCUCCCUUCCAAUCGUCGGGGUCUCCCGAGAGACAGAGCAGAUCCGCUUGGAGCUCUGGCAUUCGCAAAGGCCCUAUUUGAAUGGCUACCACAAUUUUCCCAGCCAUACGCGGAGUAUAUGCGAGCACAUACGGGCUUUACACAAACUCUGAAUUUGUUCAUGAAAGAUAAGAACUCUAGCUUUUCGAAGAGAGUAUACGAGACGGGGGAGCAGAGAUUGCGCUCUUUGUUGAUGGAACCUGUUCAGCGACUCCCUCGAUACAGUCUGUUGAUUGACACCAUGACUAGCAAUCUGCCCUUGGUUCAUCCUGCCGUGCGAACUCUGUUGAAAGCACGAGACAUUGUGAAGGAUAUAUGUGCGCUAGAGAAUAAUUCCCCAUCGAGCCACGCCCAAAGCCUUCAACGCCUGAAGGAGCUAGUCAAUGGAUGGCCAGCGAACACAUUUCCUGAAGGCCGGCUGAUUACCGCAGUCGACUUCAACGAGAUUACCCCUCCCUACAAUUUAGACACACAGUCAUCUGGCAACAGCACAGGGAUCAUGCUUCUUUAUAAGACCUGCCUGGUUCUUCUAGCAAAGCCUGCCGAAAGCCGUGCCACGGCCCGUGGUGUGCUGGCUGACAUCGACAAUGCGGCCGCUUCAACCAGUGAUAUGUCCACAUCUUUACCCCAAGCUGAACUCCAAGUUGUGCAGGUCCUAGAAUUCCAUAACGUGCGUUGUAUGCAGUCCGCAUGUGGUCGGAUUUUGUUUGUUGCGCCAAUUUCAGCCAAGUCCAUGACAGAUGAGACAAGCGCCGGAGCCGACCUACUUGCAUUGGAAUUGGCUGGAACGUAUGAAGGAAGAGCCAAUCGCCUAAUUGAAGAAAUGUCCAAAGCGAAGAUCGAGGGCCGAUUCCCCGAGAGUGAAAGAGAAGGAGGCAAAUGGACGCUGCGAAGCCCUCCCACCGGAGCUGCGAGUAACGUGGGAAUUCUGGCUUGUGUGUGCGAGGAUGGCGAAAGCGCCGCGCUCAAUCAGAUCCAGUCAUCCCCCAUACGAAUUGUUUUUGAUGCAUCCAAGGCGACUUGUAGUCAAAUGUUGAGAGAUUCCAAUCUUGAGGUCAUCAUAUCGAUAUCUCCUCCAAAUGGAGAUCAAUACAGACUAGAUGUCGAUUCAGUGGUUGGAUCUGGGUCUACGGAUUUGAUCACGGUGGACACCUUCAUUCCCACUCUUUCAAGGCGUCUUCAAUAUUUGCUCUCGCCUCUGCAUAGCCCCCGAAACCCAGCAUUGACGGACCCAUUGGUUCAUUCGAACUUUGAAAUCCUUCGGUAUAUCGCCAGCAGCUUAAUCACGCAAGUCAAGUCUUCACGGGGAUUCCGGCCACCUUCGCCGACCAAACUGAUCUCAAAUCUGUUGGGUGGUAGCCGUGAAAAUGUGCCCACGAUUAAAGGGCAAGGAUCGGCCACUCUUACCGGCGAAUUCCCAAAAAUGCCCCCGCCAAGAGGCAAUCUAUCGAGAUCAAACACUUUGCCUUCGACAUUCCCCGGAAAAGACAAAGAGAAGGACAAGGACAAAGAGAAGGAGAAAGAGGAAUCUGGGAACAAAAUAUCAGUUGUCGGGGCAUCUGCCUCUAAGGGAUUGGAUACUCAGUUCGGGUUGCUGGAACAAACAUUUGCAGCAUAUGUACUUUCUCUGCAGUCUCGGAGUGGAAACAUCCUGGGCCGAAUGCUUCGAGUCAGGGAUCAGGUUGAUCGGGCGCCAGUCAAUGAGCUCUACAACAUUUUGCUGGAAGACCCAAGCAAAAUCCAGGCUGCCGCCGAAGUGCCAGUUGAUACGCUUUUCGUCGCAUUUGAAACCUUCCUGGCGAACGCUUGGAGACGAAGCAUGGGCCCUAUAUUGAGCUCCUCUUCUCUGAAAUGGGUACAGAGCCAGUUUGACACUAUGAUACCGAGAGAUUUUGAUGAGCAAUUCCGGAAAUUUGUGACAGACAUGAGCCCACAAAAUAGACGAGCUCUAGCUGCAAUCAUUCGACUACUUGCUGAGCUACUGGAUGCAUCCGGAAAUGACGGAGAUCGCGGUGCUUUGACGAUGGCAUUUGCGGAGGUACUCACCGAGGACGGAGAUCCCAGCCAUCAUGUCUCCCUUUUAGAUCGACUGGUCGAAGACUUUGACAACCUCUUCGAAGAAUUUGUUCCUGGUGGUACCUCUGUGGAAGGAACACUGACCUGCGAUCAAUCGAAAUCGCAUACCAACACUGGAUCUGUCGGUUCCAACUCCUCCUCUUUCCGGAAACGCUUUGGCUUUGGUAUGCAUAGGGAUACCUCGAAAAAUGACGGCGAAAGCAAAGUCGCAGCAAUUUUACGGACAUUGAGCAAGAAGCAAAGCCCCGCCGGCUCAGAGCCCAAUACACCCAAGGGCUCUCUGAUGCGUUCCAAGUCGACUGAUGUGGACGCUCGUCUGGGAUUCCUUCGCCCUGCGUCUCGCGAUCGUCCUACGUCUCGCGAUCGUCCUACAUCCCGAGAUCGCCCUACAUCUCGCGAUCGCCCUGAAUCCCGGGAUCGUCCGUACCGUCCGUACGGGUUCGCUUCUGAGGAGCAAAUCUCGAGGCCGGGCACCGGCAUCCUCAGAUGCAUCCAGUAUAUCUCCGACUCAACAGCUCCGCCCGACGACCCCUUCCAGCCGCCCACGAGGAGAAGUGGUAACGCCCACCAAGCAGUCCAGACCUCAGAGCAGCUACAUACCAACAUCGCCUAUGCGUGGCCAAUCACCAAUGCGCGGCCAAUCACCAAUGCGUGCUCACCGACGCGACUAGGAUCACCCAUUCGCCGUCUGUCUCCGCCCCGUCCGUCUACGCCGAGCAGGAAGGAGAACAUUGAUCCCAGAACCCCACAGACGGAGCGUACAGCCAAGCCCAGGGGUAGUGUAUCAGAAUCGCCAGCAGAAGAGUCAAGGAGAAGAUCCCACGCGUCAGGAAUCCCUCAGCGCACUCCGGGCCUUCGGGAGCGGUCAACUACCAAUAGUUCUGAUACUAAGCGGCCCCAAUCUUCAUCUUCCUUGCAGAAACCGCAGAAACCGCGGAUGCAAAGCCCGCAAAAGUUACGUGAUCGUGUUCAACUAGAAAAGAAGACCCAAAACUUCACUCAAUUGGGCCUGAAAGACGAGCUCACGGAGCUUGGUAACGAAUUACGUUCUCUGAAGCUUACACCACCAAGGCAAUCCAACGCAAUGAACCUGGAGUUUGAUUUUGACCGUACAGACACCCCAUAUUCUGCUACCACCGCAUCCCUUGAAGCUCGCAUGCGCAUUCUUGAAACCCGACUUGAGACGCUUACCGGGGAAUACAAUGGCCGCACAACCGCUCUCGAGCGAGACCUGGAGUCGUCAUUGAUUCUUAGCGAGAAGCGCGUGAAGAAAUUAGACGAGCUUUAUCGCGAGGCAAGCGCCGAGAACGAAGCUCUCUAUGAUCGGUUUAAUACCGAGCUCAGCAAGAUUGCAAAGGAUGUCCGCUUGGGCCACGCAGAAGAUGCCUUGAAGUCUCAACUGGCAAGUGCUCUAGACGAGAUCGGUCGAGUGAAGAAAGAAAACUUCCGCUUGAAACGAGAAGUCGGAGGUCUUCGAGCCCAGUCGGCUGCCGCUGCACUGCUCAAGGCGAGCGAUCAAUGA